AUGCUUUUGACGGCACGACACGUCGAAGAGACAUUGACACGCCUCGAAUUGACCGUUCGGAUGGUUGUCCCGGUGCAGUACUGUGACUGGGAGGUGGAGGUGGUGCAGCUAGCCUCAGAACAAGCCGAGAACUCCUCCUUGGUUUUCAUUGCAUUGAAAAUCAAGCCACCGUCUACACCGCCGGUGUUUGAUUCAUGCAGGUGCUUGUCAAAAUGUUGGUCGAUGGUCAGCAGCUCACUGCCCAUGACGAUAGGGUUUGGUUGUGCUGAGUCGUGCCACGAUGAAACCGACGCCGUCGCUGGUGUUCAGAUGCCGAUAGCGAGGUACCACCGUCAGGGUCCAAAAAACGGAAUUCGGCCAGCGAUCGCCCCACUGCUCUAA